AUGCAUGCAUGUGGCAUUUAUGACGCAUGUAUUGGCUUUGUGCAUGCAUGCAAAAUGCAUAAAGAGACCGACAUGAACGACACCGCGAAGAGAAAGUGACAUCGAAAUGGAGUGCAACAUAAGCAAAGUACAAAAUCGUAAAAACACUAUAAAAUAUAUUUCCUGACUAAAAUUGGUAAGCAGAAUGUGUGAUCACGACUGGUUAUCCGAGCUGCAGCUCUUAACUUCAAUGUACGAUCCGUCCCAGUACCACUUUGAUGAUGUGGAAGUAGCUCUCAAACUAGAAAAUGGGGUCCCAAUCUUCGGCUCUGUUUCUUUGGUGCUUAAACCGAACGACUUUCUCCAACUUUCUCUCCGACUUCCGGACGAAAGAAAGGAGAAAUUGUCUGCAUCGUGUCAAUUAACUAAUAAAGGACUCCUUCUGGGCCCCGCAAGUAUGGUUAAUACGCAGCAGCAGAGUGACAAAAUUCAAUCUCGCCUUAACAAUGAUCUCUCAAUGUGGCUUAAGAAACCUGGAGAAAGCAGUGAUGAAGACGACAAAUCUGUCCUAGGUGUAGUUAAUUGGGUUAAUGACAAAUGGGAAGAGAUUAUGGCAGAAGAAAUUGGAAAUCUUAAUUUAAACGAUGACCAGAAUACUCAAGGAGCUAAAGCAAACGAUAAUAAAAUGUGUCGACUUUGGAUCCACUCGCAUCACAUUUAUAACGAAAAGAAGCGGAAAUUUAUCCUCGAUACGGCCACAAAGUUGGAUCUGAGAGGAUUUUCGCUCCCAGGAAAACCUGGGUUCAUCUGUGUAGAAGGAGCCGUAGAAAAUUGUGACGACUUCUGGACACAAGUUCGUCAACUCACUUGGCAAAAGAUAACAUUAAUUGAGAAACAGGUACUCGAGGAAGACGACAAUAAAGGAGCUUUCUCCACCUUUGAAGAACUACGCCUUGACAUGACAGGGUUCUUUAAUUUCCUAACAGAGAAAAAUGUCAGUUCUGUGAUAAAAGGUUAUCUCGGGUUUGGAUGAAACUUUUCCUACGUUUUUGAAUAAUAAAUUUUAUAAGUUGUUGUGGAACAUUUAAAAA